ACUAUGUUCGUAAUCCAAUUAUUUAAUAUAUUAAUAUUCAUUAUUCUAAAUCUAACCAACUAAUAUCAGCUUAGGGCAACAGGAAUGAAGUAAUGUAAUAUGCAGGAUUUCUACAUACGAACUAGCUGUAUGUCUAAUUCUUAAUACUACCACAACCGCUUUUAUAUUAAACUAUUUGGGCGGCGUAGUCUCCAAAAUAUACGUACGUUUCUAUUUCAUGUUUACUAUAACCAAUUAUUUAAUUUUAAUCUUACCUUGCUAAAUUUACGUACCUUGCUAAAUUGUAUAUAACCUUUCAAAUCUGACAUUGAAAUGUAGAAGUCAAUUACAUUCUUUUAGAUACAAAUUGCACUUGUUAUUACAUUCUAUUUUUUCGAAUUGAAAAGACGUACCUUUCAAAUUUUAUUCUAGUUAGUGUUUUAGCUGAACUGAUUAUUUUAGACUUAAGAGGAGGAGUAGAAGUGGUUAUAUAUAUAAGAGACUCAUCGAUACAGUAUAUUCAGUUUACUUCAACAGAUUUACAAUCUAGACUUUUUUUUUUAAUAAAAUUAAUUUAAUUUUGAAAAAAUGUCCUGCUACUCAUUUAAAAGCGAUGACGAGGAGUCGGUUGUAUUUUCCGAAGAUAAUAUUGCAACAACAUCUCAAAAAAAAGGUACAUCGAAAAGGUUAGCUGUAAAACCGGAGAAGAAACCAGUAUCGAAAAAGACGAAAAAGAGCACUGCUAUUUGUUAUACAGACAAAAUAUUAGAAUUAAUAACAGAUCCAACUAUACCAACCGAUGCAGAGAACACCUUGAAUAUAAAAAAGGAUGAUUGUUCAUUAACGGUUAAGACACCUGUAGACAAUACGGCUGUAGAUUACUGGACUAUAGCACAUUAUAAAUGUGCUAAAAUUGAUAAAGUUGCUCUGCAAGAUGGAUGGAAGCAUGCUGAAUGCUCACUCAAAAUAUCUUUAACAGGACAGCAUCCGGAUGAUUUAACUACAGCCAAAGAAAUGGUGACGCUCAUUCAAUCUGUUUUCGACAAAAUGAUGCGACAUCCCGCCAAGAAGCUAAUCAGACACAAACCAAAAAAAAUAAACUUAUAA